CGUCACUGCAUUGCAUGGUGCUUCUGCAAUUUUUCAUCCAAUUAAGAUGAUUCAAAAUGUGAAAUUUAUUAAAAAUUUUUAGCAUAUGAAUCUUUGAAGCAGAUGAAUGUGACAUAACCAGCUGGCUGUUAAUCAAGAAGUGAACACUAUUCACCAUGACUGCAUCUGGGACACUUGUGUUGGACAAUGGUGCAUCCCUUCUCAAGGCCGGACUGGCCUCGCACAAGGACCCUCUCGUCAUGCCCAAUGCCAUCAUGAAGGCAAAGAGCGAGCGGCGUCGGCCAUUCAUCGGCAACCAGAUCGACGAGUGUCGCGACGCCAGCGGCCUCUUCUACAUCCUGGGCUUCCAGAAGGGCUACCUGGUCAACUGGGACGUGCAGAAGACGGUGUGGGACCACGUCUUUGGCAAGGACUGCCUGGGUCUGAACCUGAGCCGACUGAACGUGGUGGUGACGGAGCCGUUCUUCAACUUCCGCUCGGUGCAAGAGGCUAUGAGUGAGAUGAUGUUCGAGGAGUACGACGUGGCGGGCCUGCUGCGCGCCAACGCCGGCGACCUGUGCGUGGCCGCCGAGCCGGCGCGGCCCGAUAACCUCUGCUGCCUGCUGGUGGACGCCGGCUACAGUUUCACCCACGUGGUGCCCUACAUCCAGGGCAAGAAGCGCCGGGAGGCCAUCCGCAGGAUCGACGUCGGCGGCAAGGUGCUGACCAACCACCUGAAGGAGAUCAUCUCCUACCGACAGCUGCACGUCAUGGACGAGACGUACGUCAUGAACCAGCUCAAGGAGGACUGCUGCUUCGUCAGCCAGGACUGGCGGCGCGACAUGAAGCAGGCCGCCCUCCCGCCGGCCGACAACCCCAUCCUGCGCCACUACGUGCUACCUGACUUCACCAGCCUGCGGCGCGGCUACAUGAAGCCGCGCGACUCGGCCGCCGCGCCGGCCGCCGAGGGGGAGCAGCUGAUCCGGCUCACCAACGAGCGGUUCUCGGUGCCCGAGCUGCUCUUCCAUCCCUCGGACGUCGGUAUUCAGCAGAUGGGCAUCCCAGAGGCGAUCGUCGAGGCGGUGUCGGCGUGCCCGCCCGAGACGUGGCCGCACCUGUACCGCAACAUCCGAUUGGUGGGCGGCAGCAGCCGCUUCCCCGGCUUCAGGGACCGCGUGUACGCAGAGGUGCGCGCCCUGGCGCCCGACGAGCUGCCCGUGAAGGUCACCCAGCCCGAGGACUCGGUGACGUGCGCGUGGCGCGCUGGUGCCAAACUGGCCGGAGAAUCCCGGUUCAGUAGCCGGCUGGUGACCCGAGCCCAGUGGGAGGAGCACGGCUUCAAUAUCUGUUUGGACACGUUUGAUGUGUGACGUCCGUCUGUUUGAAAUGAUGCGUUGACUGCUCUGUUGUGUUGGUGUGGUGUGUGGUGGAUGAGCAUGCGUUGGUGACGAGACAAGGGCCCCAGUCACGCGCUUCGCCGAACCUGGGCAAUCUGAGUGAGUUGGCGCUUUUGCGAACGGUGCGUGAGCGCAUCACGCGCUUUGUCGCGCGUCAUCCGGUGCGCGGCGGCCUCGAGUGUCCGCUCGCGUGAUAAUUCGGCGUCCCUUCGCGCGUAUUAAGUGGAUUGUCGCAGGUCGAGGGGCGUAUCUCGCUCACUGCCAUUCGAUCGCGAAUCUCGAGUUUGUGUCAUGUGUUUUCAUAGUUCAUACCACUUCAUCGCCGGACAUGGAGUCACGCGUUGUCGGACCGUACCGUCAUCAUCGAAUGUGGACAUCAGCCACGUGCCAGAAGGUUGGCACGUGUCGCCUUGUGCCGCGGCUGAGGCGGCACGUGCAUGUCGUGAGUGACUCGCAUCAUAAUAUCUGCUGCUCUAGUAUCCCGGCCAGCACUUCGGAGAAAUGAUGGGCCCUGCCGACGUUGGACGUGAAGCCGCUCAUUCCACUGUGACAUAUUGGUAUUUUUACCAUCAUACUGUGUCGUUUUGUAAUGAAACAUUGUUAAAAACGUUUGUCUUUUCGGCUCGAACUGAAUAGAUGCAUGAUCAACAGAUGUCCUGUUCAUCGCUCGAUUAGGUACUCGUCACAUUGCGGUGGUCUAACGUUGACACAAGCCAUAAUUUGAAGUUUAAACACAAGUAAAUUCCAUACAUGUAUUAUAUAAUCACAAUAUAGAGGAUAUAUAAUAUGGUAACGCGCAACAAUGAUAUAACAAUACUGUAAAUAUAUGUGUGUCGGGUUAUCACCGCCCACCUGAUUCGAAUGCGGCUAGCAUUGCACAUCCAGAGCGGCUGGCCAUGCAUGAGCAGGUGUGUGUGAUGCACAGUGAACACAGUUGCAAGCAUUGCACACUAUCUCGCAUGUAUAGCACACAGCACAGCUCACCAGCCGAACACAGCGUACAUCGCAAUACCCAUUGCACUGCGUUCGACAUUGC